GGAUCAUGCCGCCGAUGCAAAAUUUGUGCGCGGAAGUUUCCAAGCAAUGAAGUUCUUCGAAAGCACCAGAAAUCUGACCACCCCACGGGAGCCACGAUUCAAAAGCGUCAACGGCUAGGCCAAGAUGUUUCUUUCCGCAAUAUAGAAAAUGCUGAACCGGACAACAGAUACGUGUGCGAGAACUGCAAUGAGGAGUUCAACCAGAUUUCAAAUCUUCAAAGACAUCUGAGGAAUAGUAAGUUGAUCACAGGAACACCUCUUGAAUUGAUAAAUUUCUAAACCCCAGUAGAAUCUUGUUCGAAAUGUUUUAGGUGUGGCAAAGAGUUCGCCACUGCGGACGAGUUUCACAGCCACAUGAGGAUCAGCCAUAGUCUACAGUUCAUCGAAAGCCGUUGGAGGCGCCUGGAUCUCGGAGAACGAGUGAGAGAGCCACUUGAGCCGCCUAAAAUUCCGAAUUCAACCACAUCCGAAGACAAAGGCAACGUGGUCACUCACAAUGAAAGCAUUCACGUUGUGGAUUCCAACAGGCAAUCUUCUCCACCAUCCUUGGGAGACAAUAAGCAUCAUUGCUCAACCUGUGACGGCACAUUCAGUUCACAAUACGCCCUCGAUAGGCACAAGGGGCGCCAACGACACCGUUUGCGUGUGCGCGAACUUGAAAAAGCAUCGGCCAUUCAGCAACAAGGAACUUUGUCUAACCAUCCCAAGUCUCAUCCUGCAAAAGGGCUGCUGCAAGAUAGAACUUUCAAGGGCAGGGUUGAAAAGCAGAGGCACCCAAGAGCAUCGACUGAGAUGCGCAGAGAGCCCACUCCAGAGUCACGACAUAUCAACAGGAUCAUGGCCACCUUGGCCAAAGUCAACGAGCUCGAGAACAGUCCUACGACGAGGUCGACGGAAUCCGAUCAGCAACAGACGGAGACUACUGCUUCCACUUUCCAACACACAGAAGCUACACACGCGGUAUCCGAGACCGCAGGAAUUGACGGCGGGGCAAGGAUUGGGGAAUCGGCCCAGGCCCCGAAAGUCCCUGCCAACUUUGGAGGACAGUUCUCUGCGCCGCCAAGAACAUUUGAGAACGUCGCUGCAGCGCCUUCUUCGUGUACGAAGAGUGUAAUGUGAUUCAGAAGAGGCGAGGGGGAGAGGUUGGAAUUGUUGAAAGAAGUUAGCUAGAAGUCGAAAGUCUUUUCAUUGAAAGCUUGGCCUCGGCUGAUUACCCCACCAUGACACGUGACUUCCCCAUUGACAAAAGGCGAGCUGUAAGAAAUAAGAGCAGAGAUUCUCUAGCUUCAUAGCUUCCGU